AUGGCUGAUGGUGACGACAUCCCCUGCUCUUUGCCAGACUCGGUGGUCUCUGAGAUUGAAGAGGUUGGCCCGGUUCGUGAGGAGACGGAGGUCGAGCUGCCAGAAAGCGUCGACGAGGAGGAAGAUGAUACAGUAUACUCGAAGUCUUGCAACUGCAAAUCCAAAUGCUACAAGCAGUUUUCUAGCAAGGAAAUCGUUGAAUCUAAGCAGGCGUGGGCAUGCAUCGAGAACGAGACCGAGAGGAAGAAGAAACUGUUCCAAGCUGUCACGUUAGAAGUGAAAUCAGCGGCCAAUCAGGCCUCCAAGAAGAUCAAAUGGACCCACAAAGGCAAAGAUGUGUGCCGCCAGUUCUGGGCCUUCAUCAACAGCACAAGCUCAGUCACAGUCGAUCUGUACAGGAAGCAUGUGAAUGCAGGCGGGACGGAGCCUCCAUUGAACCUUCCAAAGAUGCCUGGGCCCAGGGCCAACACACAAAGCAUGAAGGCCGACACGUGGUUCCUUGCCCUCUACGAUUCGUUAGCCGAGCCGUACCCCACUGAGAAUGCCGAGGAAGUGAAAGUGGAAGAAUCACACGAGCUCAUCGAAGCGCCCUCACACCCGUUGUGGAUCUUGGGCGCCGCCCUCGACAGCGACACAGCUGCGCCGGAGAAGCGCUACGUGCCCAUCAGGUUUCUGAACCCAGGGAACUUCGAGACCAUCUGGUCCCAGUACCAGGCCGAAGUCAACAACGAGCAGCAG